GGGGGAGGGAGUGCUGCGCCGGGAGAGCCGGAGAGAUUCCCGCGGGCCGCGAGCAGGGAAGUCAGGCACCUGGCGGCGGAGGACAGUAACACAGGACAGAAGGGGAAAUCUCCGUCUCUUCCUCUCUCUUCUGCAAGAGAUCCUCCUGUUUUUCUCCCAACUCUUAGCAUCACCUUCGAAGAUCAACCCCUACAGACUUUCUUAUCUUGUUAUUUUUUUUUUUAAUUAUUAUUAUUGAGAGAAUACCUUCAGCUGCAAAACAAUCUUGGAAUCUAUGCAGGACUUGGGGGGUUUUGUUAUCUCGCCGGCGAAAUCGUUCAUCACUGCUGCCUUGCUCUCGCAGGGUGCUCAGUUGGCCACCGGAGUGGGCAUGGCGAGAGCGGCUUUUAUCGUACACUCUUCAGUUUGAACACAUUUCCUUGAAAUUUGCUGCAUGAUGCCGUCCGAGGAAGCAGGAUUUUUUCUCGGGAUGCAGCGAUUCGUCGGCAUCUGAGCUUAUUGCAGAAGGAAAAAAAAACAAAUCUUCAACGGAGUGUUGCUUUUUUUUUUUUUUUUUCUUCCCUCUCCUGUCUCCUCCUUUCAUUGCCAGAGGACGCGAAUCUCUUCCAGCGGGGACAGAUCACCUGUCGCUUUAAUCCUUAAGGGAGUUUUUUUUUUUUUUUCCCUUAAAAAAAAAAAAGUGAAUUAUUUUAUUUUAUUUAUUUAUUUAUUUAAACCGGUGGAGGCGUGAUUGUGGAGAAUGAGACUGAGGGGAGCUGCCGGGCUUUGGAGGACAAGGCUGAGUUUAGGCUGGAAACUGAGAGACUAAAUUAACCCCCCUCCUUUUUUAUUUCUUUUUUUUUUUUUUUUUUUUUUUUUUUUGGAGGGGGACACAACUUCCCCUCUUCCCCAACGCUCCGCGCUCAGUUUCACCUUAUGGACAGAUCAGGCAACCUAGCCACGGAGGAGCUCAAGAUGGAUGAAAAGUGGAUCAUUGUAAAUGAGGAAGUCAGAAGACCUGGUGCUAUGACACGAGAGCAGUAUAUUUUAGCAACACAACAGAACAGCCUUCCAAGGACUGAAAAUCCUCAAUUUUACCCAGUAGGGAUUUAUGGAUGGCGAAAGAGGUGCUUAUACUUCUUUGUACUUCUGCUGUUGGUUACCAUGAUUGUUAACUUAGCAAUGACAAUAUGGAUUUUGAAGGUUAUGAAUUUCACAGUGAGACUGUUGCUGCACUUUGAACAGAACUUCUGGUUUAAAUUCAUCCAAAAGGAAUCCCCUUCAAAUGCAGAAAAACUGCCCCACAGUCUGAGCCAACAUGGAGAUGGAAUGGGAAAUUUGAGAGUCACUAAAAAAGGAAUACGACUUGAAGGAAUAUCUGAAUUUCUCCUUCCACUAUACGUGAAAGAAAUCAAUUCCCGAAAGGAUAGCCCACUGGUCUUACAGUCUGACAGAAAUGUAACAGUGAAUGCAAGAAAUCACAUGGGACAGUUAACUGGACAACUGACAGUAGGAGCUGAUGCUGUGGAGGCCCAGUGUAAGAGAUUUGAAGUGAGGGCAAGUGAAGGUGGAAAAGUAUUAUUUUCUGCAGAUGAAGAUGAGAUAGUCAUUGGAGCUGACAGACUGAAAGUAACAGGCACAGAAGGGGCAGUGUUUGGACACUCCGUGGAGACACCCCAUAUCAGAGCAGAACCUUCCCAAGACCUCAAACUUGAAUCUCCAACUAGAUCCUUGGUGAUGGAAGCACCCAGGGGAGUGCAAAUCAAUGCAGCUGCAGGAGACUUAAAGGCUACGUGUAGAAAAGAACUGCACUUACAGUCUACAGAAGGGGAGAUAUUUUUAAAUGCAGAUACAAUCCGCCUGGGAAAUCUGCCAGUGGGCUCCUUCUCCUCCUCUUCACCGAGCUCUUCCAUUCCUCGCCAGACUAUCUACGAGCUCUGCGUCUGUCCCAAUGGUAAACUUUACCUGUCCCCAGCAGGAGCAGGCUCCACAUGUCAAUCCAGUAGCAACAUCUGCUUGUGGAGCUAGAAGGACUCCAAUUUAUCCUCACACCAGAAUAGCCUUUUGUUACUAUCCCUCUGCUUCACAGUUCUGCUCGGUUUCCCUUGUGACAAGUUCGACGCUUCAAAUGGCCUGCAGAGCAACUUCUUCCAGUGUAAGCAGGAAUACAGCGCUGCCUUCUCUCGUGGUUUGUGUUACCACUCAACGUAGAGAUGGGAGUGAGAUAUUCAGAAAUCAAUGUAUUCUUCUUCAUCAGGAAACCUGGAACAUAAUAUCACCUUUUGUCCAAAAGGGAGAAUAACAUAGGUGCCUUUGCUACAUGAAGUGAAGCACAUAGUUUUAAAUUUUUGCAGGACCUGGAUAAGAACUGCACAUAUAAAUAUAUAUAUACAGUACAUAAACAAAUUUGCCCAGAGUCUGAUGGUGAGAUGAAUUGGUUACCCCUGUAUGGUAAAUAACUCUACUGUCUGAAAGCACAAUUUUCCAUUCAUCUUUUUUGGAUGUAAACUUUUAUCCCUGAAUUUUAAAAUUUUGAAGCAUUGUGUGAUGCUUGCUUUACUAAACAAUUACAUUCAGUAAAUGGUUUUUAACACAAAAAGAGACAGAAUCCCUCCCUGAGUUUGGUUUCUUUAGAAGUGCGUUGUUACUCUUUGUCUACUAAGUCUAGGGUUUUGUACACUAGGUAAAUUUUGGAAGUGCUCAGCAAUAUUACCUUUCAGAGUGAAAAAGACAUCUGCUCUUGUUUGUCUGAUCUGAAUGGCCUUAUAUAUUAAUUUGUGGCUACUACAUGUGAAGCGAUUGCUUUCACUAGAACAUACAGGUUUUGGGAAAGAACAGGGUCAAGAGGGAAAUACUGAUGAUAUGUCUUUUGACCAGUGUAUUGCUCUUCAUGAAGUAAUUAUAAUUGGCAAAUGAAAAAAAAAAAAUCUUCAAAGGUACAUGUUGUCCAUUUUCUAGCUAACUGCUGCCAUUUGAACACUGCUUAAAAUUAGUACUAAUGCAAUGUGUAAUGCUGAGAAGCAAUUCACUAACAAGUGGUAUGACACUCAUAUUUUUUAUUCUACUUCGGUUUACCAUCUGCUGCUAAGAUUUCAAAGUAAUAGUAAUACACAUAUAUGCAAACAUAUCAAAUUACAUUAAAUAUGAAGAAAAUACAUUAAGUAAGUACAUUAUCAAUAUUAUAUUGACUUCAUCAGGUCUGCGUUUAAAUUAUGCAGCCCCAUUUGCACCAGUAUCUCACUGCUGACUUCCUAUUUUUGACCAGUUUAAUAUGAGAUUUCUUACUUGUAUCAACGUUCAUACUUGAUUCAUUUGAUUUGUAAUUGAAAUCUUAUAAGAACACUUCGGUAUACUGCUACAUAAAUUUAUCACAACAUUGAUUAACAAGAGUAUCUUGAAACUUACAGAACCCAGGAAUGUAAAACAGUAUAAAAAUGUUUCCUAUUCUGGAAGAUGGCUUGAUUACAUAAGGUAAGUGCGCUUUUUAAUACUAUCCUUUAAAUUACAUCACCUAGCAUGUAGCUUUGGAGGCUUCUGAAUGUAAGAUGACCAAUUCAUUGACAGCUUUUGCAAGGUAACUCUGAAGGGCAAAGAGUGAAAGGUGAGUAUUUCUACAGAGUAUAUUUUUUGUCUUUGCAAAAAAAAUUAGGAAAAUAAGUAAACUAAUGUUUUGAUUACCUUUCUAUUUUAUUACCACCUAAUAAGGCUGACUUUGAUUUCACUUCAGGUGAAAUUCACUCCUAUGCAGAAGACCAGCACAAGACACGUACAUGACUUAACUGGUGCUUGUCUUUCCACUGGUUCUCUUCAGAGGUGUGAAUUUCACCCCAUAGCAAGAAUGCUAUACUUGUGUUUUCUAGCAGUUAAAUUAAGAUUUUAAAUUGAUUAUUUUAUUUCUUCAAAAGAAGUCUAGUAAGAAAUAAUUUGAUAUUAAUUUAAUAAUUUUAUUAUUUCACUUGAAAGAAAAUGUAUUUGAAAAUAUUGCAAGAAAAUAUAUUAGAAGCUUGGAGAUUCUUAGUAAGAGGGACAGAAACAGAUACAAACAACAACAGGGAUAAUAAAACAUUUGAAAUUCCAUCCAUAUAAUAUACACUUAAAACCGAAAGGAAAUAGAUGUCUUUUUCUACUUUUUUGUUCUACUUUUUACACAAUAGCAUGUAGGUGUGAAAGUCCAACGAUGAAAGGAUAAAUAGUAUUCCAGGAGAACAAGAUAAAUCCAUAUGUAUUCAUUAUCUCUGCACACCCACAGACACUGGUUGCUUCAAAGAUGAGAAGGCUCUACUGACUUACCUAUUCAGUGAAUUAAAUUUUACCUUCUUACAAAUUACAUACAAAUUGAUUAAGGGGUUUUGUUUGUUUGUUUGUUUGUUUUUAAUAUUCUCAAAUAAAUCCAUAGGAAUGGCUUGCAGAUACUUUGUCAUGGACUUUCCAUUGAGCAUCUCUAAUAUGUUUGCUCUUCACCUUAUAUGAUAAUUUACCUGUAGUGCAUUUCUAGCCACUGAAGAGAUAGACUGAAACUUUAUAAAUUCUACAUGAACAGAAAACAAACAAACAACAACAACAACAAAAAAAAACCCUACAUAUCUUUUGUAACUAUUUUCAUAUUUACAAGGCUUAAAUAUUUUACCUCUGUGUCUGAGGAAAACUUAGGGCAGAUACGUAGAUGGUACGUUGGACAAAACCAAGCCAAUAAGUCCACAAAGCUUUGCACUGUCAGGAUUUUCUUGCUAGCAGUCAUUUCAGUUUGCCCCAUAUAAUUUAUGAUGCCAAUAUUAGCACAAGUAAAUUUGGGAGCUUCAGGAAACUAUGAGGUGGUUCUCAUAAAUGUGUUAAUAUUCUGGUGACUUUCAUAAUAUUGAUAUUUACAUCCACUGAAGGCUAUAAGAAGGGGAAAAGAACAGUUUUCAUAUUUAAGAGUUUUUCUAGCCCACAUGACUUCAAAGAAUAUUAGAAAAGGGAUUUCAGUGCAUCUAAAGAACUAAAAACAUCAGAACACCAAUAAUAUAUCAGUAGUGUCAGUGUUUCUGAGUGGGAAGAGAAACAAAUCUGAUAUUUUUCAAUGUUUGGAGCUGACAAUAGUAGAUCUCUUUGAUCUGUAGUGUGCUUCAAAAAGUGACGCUGUCCCACUACGUCAUUUCAGAUGUAAGAAAACUGAAAGAUCUCAGUGCAAAUACCACGUUAAAACAUGGAGCCAUACCUUUACUAUUUUUGUAAUUUUGAGGCAUAAAAUAAAGUUCAUUAUGUGCAGAACCAGUUGGAAACUUUCAGUUACUUUUUGUCACCUUCCUCAAAGGUUCUUGGCCCUUUCUUUAAGUUGUUUCAGUCCUUAUUAGCCAUGUAUAAUGUCCAGUAUUCAUGUUAUAUAAAGCUGCUGCUGUAUCUCUAACUAGAGUAUUUAUUUAACAAAAAAUUUUGAUUACUUAUUUCAGAAAAGAGAUGUCGCUUCUUAUUCCAGCUAAGGAUGAGUUUCCCAUUAACAAAUCACUCUGUUGUGACAAUUGUAUAGAAAGAUUGAAGACCUCAAGGUAUUUUUAAGCAUUAAUAUUGGAGCAAUUUAAAAAAAAUAUCUAAAAAUACUCUUUUGAGGCUCUUUCUAGUAUAUGAAUACAUGUAUCAAAUAAAGCUUCUUUUUGUACUCAAAUGUUUGGGAACCACAAAGAUGGUAUUGCAGCUGUUUGACUUUUCCAGAGCUAUCUCUAUGGAAACAGUGAAAUACACGAAAAGACCUUAUUAGCUACAUGUAUUUAAUGCAUACAAGAGAUUUAUCUUCUGUAAAAAUAUGUGUCAUUAUAUUAUAGGAUACUGUCUCUUUCUUGUUUAAAAAAGAAAAAUAAAAGCAUCAGCAAUCUCUCUGAGCACUGUUAGCUGUAUGGUUUUGUACUGCAGUUCAUUCAUUGGUUAAGUGAUAAGACCAAAGACUGAAACUUCUACUUUAUCUAACAUUAUGACACUGCUGCUUCUACUAAUUCUGUUGGAAUGAAGAGACAACAAGUUGUAAUUACAACAUGAAAUUGUAACAUAGUUUAGAUUUGUACAGCAUUUUGAGCUGUAGAUUGUUCACUUUUUCCCAGAGUUAUUUUUUUUUUUUCAGCAUUGUGCAGUUAUGUUACUGUUCAUACUUGAUAUGAAUCUUUCAGUGUUCUUAAAAAGAGGAGAGUGUAUAUUCCAAAAUGUGCCAAGAUAUUGUUUCUUUCAACUGAAGCUAUACUGUUUUGUUUGCAAAACGGUGGUUUGACUGGACAACACAAUUUCACUUUUUAAAACAUUUUAGAUACAGAGGGCUAUUAAGUCUGUCUUGAAGAUACAGCCAUAAAUGCUUAGAAGGAUUUUAUGAAGGAUGCUUAAGAUACUCUGUUACUAACACUUUGUAUUGUUUCUUAUGGUUUUGGUUUAAGAUUCUAAAUCAUUGUCUAAAUAAUAAAAAAAGUAAAACACACUAUGGAAUUACUAUCAACUGAUUCAGAGUAAUGAAAAUGUAAGUUGGAUCAAAGGUUGAGUGUCAUAUUGUUUCAAUCAGUACUCAGUAAAGGUCUGCUAACCAUUUUUGUUUUGUAACUUUCACGUUAAUGAUUUUCUUGUGUAUAUACUAUAUAAAAAGAUGGGAACUAUUUUCUUACACAUACUAUGCAAUAUGUUUGUAAAACUGCAAUAUUACCAAAAUUACAAAAGCUGUGCUUUUGUACUCUUGCUUUAUGUAAAACAAAUCUUUUUUCUAUUUAACAGAUUGUCUGUCAUAAUUGUAGAUAACAUUAUUCAAGAGAAGUACACUAAAACUUUAAGACUUUUUAUUUCAGUUUCCUUGUUUUUUUUAUUUUAUGAAAAUAAUAGCAAGGUUUUGGAAGUUGGAAAUUGUCUUUGUUUUUUUCUUGGAAAGAUAGAAAUUUUACAGCAUGUAAUUAACACAGUCUGAAAUCUCCUGUACUUCUUUCCUUUGAUUUUGCAUUUUUAUCUGGUGCUACUGUACAGCCACGAAUAAAUGUGAUCUAUAAAUUAGGGAACAAAUCAGAAUUCACUUCAGGAAUAACAAAAUGGGAAACUUGCUAAGGGUUAGAGGAGGAUGCAGAAUAACUGAUGAAAAAUUGUUGGUUUUUCUGGUUGGUUUGUUUGUUUGUUUUGUACUCUUCUGUCUAUGUUAGCUGAAAGGUAAUAGCUUUUCUUUUCAAAGUUUUGUCCUCACACAACAUAAUAGAGUUUUGUUUCAAACAUAUUUUUGAAAACAUAUACUGCACUUAAAUGUAGUAUUUGUGAAAAGAAAAUCAGAAUAUAAAGAAGUAUGGAUUUUAUUUCUAUAUCAGCUUUACUAAAGUUAAAAUUAAGAGUCCUGCAUCUCUUCUACUGUAAAAGCAUAUUAUACUGUAGAAGUUCCUUUGUAGCCUGCCAGAAUAAACACAAAGUAUGUGUUUAAACUGCACCAAUUUUCAAGCCACUUGGCAAUUACACAGCCAUGUCAGAGGUUGUGGUGAUCUCAUCCAUGCGAACAUGUCCUACCUGCUUUUAAAUUGAUAUCAAUUUUGUUCACCACAUAGCCUUGCACAUAGCUCUGGCAAAAAGCAGGGUAAGCACACAGAUGAUUUGUUUGCACUGAGCUCCUUUAUGCGAUGCUAUGGUUUUAGCAAUAUCCACAGUAGCCAAACAGUAGCUAACUGCAUAAUGCCUAAAAAAUUGAAGUUUCUGCACAUGAGCAAGAGUUGCAUAGACCUAUCAGUAACGCGGGUCCUUCUUAGUUUCAUGUGACUAAUAGAUAAUAGCUGAUACAGCAGGAAAAGAUACUCUUAGCCAUUUUAUUCUGGUUUGGACUAGUCCAAUCCAGGAAAAGGUAAAUGACACAAAAAGAUAAAUGGAAGGUUUAGUGAAGGAGAACAAAACAAAACUACAUAAGCAUUGUGUUGGUUCAACAUAGCCCACAUUGAAACCAGAAUUUAAUACAAGUUCUGUGUGUAAAAAUAGUUUCCCCUGAAACACUAAAUUGACCCUAGAGUAUGAUUUUUUGAAUUUUAAAAUAUUAUUUGAUCUUUAAACAAUACAUAUCUUAUACAGACCAGAACCAGGACAAGUUUCAGAACACACAGGGGAAAAGACAUAUAUUACAAGCCUGGUGUGAUCUGAGCCAAUAUUACAUACAACAUAAAUAAACCUAGCCUACUUAUCUGAGAAAAUAAAAUGAUCAGAAUAAGAAAUAUUCCCUCCAUUUUGAGAAAACUAAAAUUAUCAGGAUAUUUGACCUAAGGAGUUCCCAGCUUUUCCAGUGUCUCAGUUUCUAAAGUGUUUAAACUGUUAGAACCAUUUAUAUUUAAAAAGUCUGGCCUUUGGCUUAACCAAGUUCACUGAAUGCAUUACUUGAUCUGAGAAGAAAAGGUGCCUUUUUUUAUCACACAUAUACCUCUUGUUUGUGAGACCUGUGAGGGAAAAGUUCAGUUUCCAGCAUGAUCCAGAGCAUAUUAACAAGAAGGACUUACACACAAGAGAAUCAUUUUUGAAGGUCAGAUGUUGAAUUUUUUGUGUGCUUUAUGGUAUUUUGGAAGCCUGCCUACAGUCAUUCUUCACGACUGAAAAAAAAAAGAAAAAAAAAAGGAAAACACAUCAUUAUUUUCUUUGUAGGUGAUUUUUAUUCAGUUUUUCUUCCCCAGAUACUGAAGCAGUCAGAGAAAAUAAAACCCUCCCCUAUAUCCCCACCCACCAUUACCCCUUCAGCUAGGCUUCAGCUGUUCCUUUUAGCCUCCUUUUUCUUCCCAAACAACAAAGGAAUAGGCAACAGAAAGGAUUUUGCUAAGUCUCUUUAUCAAGCUCCUAUGUAGCAUACUGGAACUGUAUCAAAGGGGAAAUUUCUAUCAAAGAGGAAGCUUAUUUGCUUAGUGAAAACAAAAGUUAUAUAAGAUGGAAAUAAACUCAGGUAAAUAUCAAUUGUAAUCCAGUUUACUAGAAUGAAUAGUAAAGUAUUUUGGACUAUGAAAUCCUUAAUAACUUUUUAUUUCAAAUAACAUUUUUCACUUAGUGAAUGCAUUUAAAAUACUGUAAAAGAAUUUUACAUACUAUUCUAUCCUAUUAACAUUUUCAUUUUUUGAAAAUACACUAGAAGAGUAAUUAGUGAGCUCAUUAUUUGUCCCUCUCUAUGAAUGCACUCAUUUAUUUUAAUAAAUGUGAGUGAAUAUAUACAACCUAAAAUGUUACAUGGUAAAAAUGUAUUUAAAAAAUACAAAAAAUAGAAGGUGAAAUAAUUGUUCCUAUGGGUCCUAUAGGGUGACAUUCUCAUUCAUCCUACAUAGAUUAAGAAUACAAUUUCUUUUUCAGUUGCAUUCCUUUUUAUUGUUCUGUAUGAUUUUUGGGAUAUCAGGAACCCCUGAUGGAAGGAAAUAUUGUAUCUGUAUAGUGGUAGAGGCAGCUGUGGUGGCUUACUGUGGCUCUGAGCAGGAUAUGAAAGCACAUAUGCUUAUGUGAGCAGAGAGGGCCUCCUGCAGUAGUUCUCCUUUUUGAAAACAGCAGUCAGGAUGAUUUCCAAUCCUGUGUUCAUCAGGGUGAGUAGGAGAUGACGUUGCAAUGGCAUGGGCAAAAAGACGGGCAGGUUGUGUUUGAUCUGCAUAGGAAUGGGGAGAGCAGUAGAGCAGUGAUCCACAAGUGGCGAGUCCAAAUUGGCCUUGGUGCAAUAGUAGACAACAGAAAUGUAAUUGAAAGUUGUUUUGUUUUUUGCUGAUUGUUUAUUGUUUUUAAGUGAAAAAACAGUGACUAGGCUUCUCCCUAAGCCUGAUGAUAACUAAGAGAAAUGCACAUAAAGCCAGGCAGAAAUGAAUGUCUUUAUAUCUUUGUACCUAGGGAGCUUUCCUUUCUGGACUAUUUUAAAAAACACCACUGGAAAGGAAAAAAAGCAUGAAAAAGUAUAAAUUUUGUACUUCUCAAGUAGAAAGUGACAUUGAACUGUCUGUAUACAUGUGUCUUUGUUUAUGGCAGAAAGAGCCAAAAGUAGCCCAGUGGAUUCAAAUAGUGUUAAAGGCAGUAGGAACACUGACAAAUUCCACAUCUUGAGAUUAGGUUUUAAAUGUUAAUUGAGAGUUUAUGUAUAAAUCAAAUUACAUGUUCCAUGAUUUUUUGUACUGUGCUUCUAAAAUGCAUCAUUAACAUCAGUGUAACUUUCUCUGAAAAUUGUUCCUACUUCUAAUGACAGGUGUCGCUUGGACUCCCACACAUGGAGAGCUUUAGACUGAUUGUGCAGUCUUCACUCAUUUGUCUAAACCAAAUUAAGAAAUCAUGAGAUGUCCAAGAUAAUUCAUAAAAGGAAAUGGCAGUAAAAAUCUACAGCUGCUGCCUUUUCAUAUUUCAGCCUAAUAUUUUUCUGGUGGUAGAUGGGUUGCAUUGUUUCUGGAAGCAAUAUAUUCGAUGUUCUCAGUGUUCUACUAGCCUAGAUCUCUGCUCCAGAGAGAUUUUAGGGAAAUGACUUCUUAUCACUGGGGUUUGGCUUUGAUUUCCACUGUAUUGCUUAUCUUUAGAAUUCCCAUAAUCCUUAUUUCUAAGUGUAAAGGGGUGAGAAAAAUUUGAUAGCAGCUACUAAAGCACAGGCAAACCUUCAGGGUACCAUUGAUUUGGAAAUGAUUUCCAAGACCAGAAAUAAGCCAUUCGUAACAGAUCACUAAAUCAUUCAAGUUGGAAGGUACCUUUAAAGACCACCUAAUCCAACUUCCCUGCAAUGAACAAGGACACCUACAGCUAGAUGAGGCUGCUCAGUGCCCUGUCCAGCCUGACCUUGAAUGUCUCCAGGGAUGAGGCAUCCACCACCUCUCUGGGCAAACUCAUUCCAGUGCUUUACUAUCCUUACUGUAAAAAAAAAACCAAACAUUUUUCUUAUAUCAAAACUAAAUCUCCCCUCUUUUUAGUUUGAAACCAUUACCCUUGUCCUGUUACAACAGAUUGCUAAAGAGUCUGUCCCUGUCUUUCUUAUAGCCCCCAUUUAGAUACUGCAAAGCUGUUAUCAGAUCUCCCUAGAGUUCUCUUCUCCAGUCUGAACAGCUUCAGCUCUCUCAUCCUGUCCUCACAAGAAAAGUGUUCCAUCCCUUGGAUCAUUUUUGUGGCCCUCCUCAGGAUGUGAUCCAGAAGGUCCAUGUCUCUC